UUCAUUCAGUGGAUGGAGGACUACGUUCCGAAUACAUUGGAUAUUCUCUAGCUAUAUAGAACACAUCGGGAAACCUUUCGUCGUCAAUUGUCUGUCCAAGCCAAAUUACUUUUCGUCGUGUUUGGAAGUGUUGAGUUCAGUGUAUUCGUUCUCGGAUCUCAUCCGAGCAAACCCAAAAUUCUUUUCCUUGGCUUUUGCGCAAUUUCCGUUGUGUUCCCUAACCAUUCAGGGUUCGGUUCUCUUUGCCCUCCGAUUGUAAGUUACCGUACGAUAUUAUAAUCCAUUGCCAUGUCGGGAGAUUGCGCCAACGCUGGCGAUCCCUGCCAGGCUCCCACCGACUUCUCGCCAUGCCCGCCGGGAUCGACGUGUCCGCCUUGCGAUUGUGGGGACUAUGCGGGUUGUUGCUACCAGCAACCGCCACGCACGUUGCCCAUUGUGCCCAAGUCGCACUUUAUGCGCUCCACGGCGCCACUGGAUACGGACACGAUUUACCGGCGUUCAUUUUACGCCAACUGUGGCGAUAACUUCAGGGCCCGUCCAGUGAUGCCGUGCUCCCAGAUUCGCGCCUCCACAGCACCGCUGGAGAAGUGCACCAUCCAGAAGCUGUCGUAUAUGCCACCGUGUCCGGUGAAACGGACGCCUCCCAUCGUUCCCAUGGAAAGUGGCCUACGCUUUGAGGGUCCAAUUUAUGCGAUGACUUCGCAGAAGCACGACUACGUGCCAAAGGGAAUAGUCAAGCGGGAUCCCAUAGUGCCGCGGGUGGCCAUCUGCACCUCGAAUGCCCCCAUGGAGCGCUGCACCAUCCAGAAGCUCAGCUAUAUGCCCAUUGAUGUGUGCCAGAAUCCGCCUCCCAAGGCCAUGAUCCAGGGCUCGAGCUAUUGCAAGCCUUCGGGACCCAUGGAGCGCUGCACCAUCCAAAAGCUGUCGUACAUGCCGGUCUGUCUGCCGGCCAAGGAGCCCACACCCUGGGCUGACAAGAUCCGUUGUGUACCGCCGCGUUACUCGAAUGUGUGCACCACCUACAACCUGAGCUACAUGCCCAACUGCAACGAAGGGCGCACUGCUCCAGUGAUGCCCCUAACAACGUUGCGCUUCUGCGGCAACGAUAACGGUACUCCGAACACGGUUUACAAGCUAAGCUACAUGCCGGUGGAUGCCUCACGGACCAAGCCAGCGCCCGUGCUGCCAAAAGAUACCUUCUGCCGGCCUACUGGUCCACUGGAGAAGUGCACCAUUCAAAAGCUCUCCUAUCAGCCAAACUGCACAGACCGAACUCCACCUAUCCGUCCGAUGGAGAACGGGUUGCGGUUCGAUGGACCCAUGUAUGCAAUGACCACCCAAAAGCACGACUUUGUGCCCAAGCCGCAUGUGCGCCGGGCACCGAUCAUGCCGCGCACUGCCUUCUGUCGACCCACCGGCGCCAUGGAGCGAUGCACGGUGAACAAGCUGUCUUACAUGCCGGUAGAUGUCUCCUGCUUCCCGCGGGCCGAGUCCGUCAAGCCGCGCGAGGGCUUUUGCCGCAACGAGGGACCCAUAGAGAAGUGCACCACAUACAAGCUCAGCUAUUUGCCCAACUGCAUACCGCCCAAAGAGCCACUGCCCUGGGCCAGAUACACAUCCUACUGCCGGCCAUCGGGUCCGAUUGAAAAGUGUACAAUUCAGAAGCUCAGCUAUGGGCCACCCGGUGCCUUCCAACGUUGUGGCGGUCCUUGUGGAACUGGCGGCGGCGAUGGUUUCCCGAAGGCAGGCAUUUGUUAAGCUCUCAAUACACCCAAAAUGGCAAGCGAAUCCCUCGUUCCAUGUUACGUGUUUAGUCCAAAAUCUUCCAGUCCACGAUUUUUGUGUGUUGUCUUUAAAUGUCUAGCGAUCGGCACUCUUCGUUAAGUUUUACAUUUGAAUUCCUACCGCCGCCGAAUUGUCAUCUAUAGAAAAUUGAAAGUCUUCUAGUGAUCGAUGAGCUUACGAAUUGAGACGCAGUAUUCCUUAAAAAAUUAAUGUACGUUUACAGAAAUAUAUAGAUCCAGUAAAUCUAAAAA